AUGGUCAAAUUGUUUAAGAUUGCCGUCGACGCUGCCUCCACCACCAUACCAUCGUCGCCGCCGCUUCUCUUUAAUUUAAUCUGCAAUACACUACGAUACAGAGCAUUAGCUACAAAGGUUUGUAGAUAUGGAAUUCUGCCCAACUUCCAAAUAGAGCAGAAGGUCAAGAUCAAAAGAAAGCAACGUUUGGUUAAAAAGGAGAUUGACCCCAUCAUCACCCAAGAUGACAUGAAGAAUGCACCAAAAACAGAUCAAGCUCAUUGCCCAGAUUGUGGUCACAACAAGGCUGCAUACAUCCAGUUUCAAACAAGGUCUGCUGAUGAACCCAUGACAAUAAACUUCACCUGUGAGAAAUGUGGUAAAUGCUGGCGUGAGGACUAAAAUUCAGGUUGUCUUAUUAUGAAUAAGUAUCGAGUUUUAAGGAGCUG